CUGCUUUCGCCCACAAUGAAAGAUGAAGAGUUCGCACAGGGCUUGGAACAGUUCGCCUACUGUCUGCACGAACAGCUAUGUCGGGCCAAUCCCGGCCAGAACAUCAUAUACUCCCCGCUGUCCGUCCGGACUUCUGCCGGCAUGCUGCGGAUGGCAGCGACGGAGGGAUCAGCCACGGCCAAGGAGUUGGACGAGGGACUCCGCUUUGCAGGGCGAACUGUGCCGGAGAUAGCCGAGAGUUUUGAUGCCGUUUUGAAGGCAUUUGAGAAGUGUCCGAUCCUGAAAAUGGCCAACGGGUUUUACGUUAUGAAGGGUCACCAACUAAGCGAGCAGUUCGGCAGCAUUUUAGAGAAAAAGUUCCACUCCAAGUCAAUGGAGAUUGACUUUGGCAGCGACCAGGCCGCCAGUAUUAUCAAUAAUUGGGUGGAGUCUCAGACCAACAACCUGAUCAAGGACAUUAUCGGUCCAGGAGUUCUAAGCAAGAACUCUCGGCUGGUGCUCAUCAAUGCCAUUCACUUUAAAGGUAUGUGGUCAAUCGGAUUUAAUGAAAGUGAGACUCAAGAAGAGUUGUUCUUCUCGGAACCGGGCAAACCUGUCAAGGUGAGAAUGAUGCACGUUUCCGAUAAGUUCUCCUUUGCCUCGCUGCCCAAUCUCGAAGCCACUGCCCUUAAAAUGAACUACAGUGCCUGCAACUUGGCCAUGAUCGUCAUAUUGCCGGAUGAGAAAUCAAGUCUUGAGAUCCUAGAAAGCAAAUUACCUAGCACCUCUCUAGAGGCCUUGUUAUCCUCCAUGAACCUGGAACAAGUUGACGUCAAGAUUCCUAGCUUCAAAACCGAAUUCCAGCAGGAACUAUCCCAGGCUUUCAAGUUGAUGGACAUGAGCCGUAUAUUUAGCAGUCAGGCCGAUCUCGGCGCAUUGCUGAAGACCCAAACGCACCUUAGUGUCUCAGAGAUUAUACACAAGGCUUUUAUUGAAGUCAACGAAGUGGGCACUGAAGCAGCAGCCACAACAGCUGUGGUCGUCUCAUUAAGAAGCAUGCCUGCCCCUCAACGUACGCCAAAAGUGUUUCAUGCCAAUAGACCCUUCUUCUAUGCGAUCUAUGACAACGUCCAUGGUUUCCUCUUUGUCGGUCACUUUAGCUCGACAAAGGUUGAAAAGUCCGAAAAAUGUAAAAAAUGUAAUUAUAAGAAUGAAUGCAAGUCCCUCAUCAGUCCACUGCAAUUACAUAAAUUUAUGAAACCGAGCACACCUCAUCCACGGUCGAUUUGGAUACUUACAGCUUGCUGGUUGCUCCCCCUGCUCUGCCUGGCCCUCUCCCUCAGCCCGCUGGUCCGCUCGUCUGACGUCACCAUGGCCGACGCCGCCCACCAGGAGUUCGCCCGUCGACUGGCCCUCUUCUCCAUCAACGUCUACGAACAGCUGUCGACGCAAAAGUCCGGCCAGAACAUCGUCUUCUCUCCCUUCUCCAUCCAAACCUGUGCGGCGAUGGCCCGCUUGGGCGCCGAAGGCGAGACGGCCACCCAGUUGGACAGGGGUUUGGGACUGGCCUCCAGCGAUGCGGGCCAAAUCGCCCAGAGCUUCCACCAGGUACUGGCCGCCUACCAGGACAGCCAGGUGCUGCGGAUCGCCAACAAGAUCUUCGUGAUGCAGGGCUACCCGCUGCGCCAGGAGUUCGACCAGCUGCUGACCAAGCAGUUCCUCUCGGGGGCGCAAAGCGUCAACUUCGCCAAGAGCGCCGAGGCGGCUGCCACCAUAAACGGGUGGGUGGAGCAGCGCACCAACCACCUAAUCAAGGACCUGGUGCCGGCCAGCGCCCUGGACGCCAACUCACGCCUGGUGCUGGUGAACGCCAUCCACUUUAAGGGCACCUGGCAGCACCAGUUCCCAAAGCAUGCCACCCGGCCGGACACCUUCCACUUGGAUGCGGCGCGCAGCGUCCAGGUUCCGAUGAUGAGUUUGAAGGAGCGGUUCCGUUACGCCGAUCUGCCAGCUCUUGACGCUACGGCCCUAGAGCUGCCCUACAAGGACUCGGACCUCUCCAUGCUGAUCGUCCUGCCCAACAGCAGGACGGGCUUGUCCGCCCUGGAGGAGAAGCUGCGUGCGACGCCUCUCUCGCAGAUUACGCAGGCCCUGCACAAGACUCAGGUGAUAGUAAAGCUGCCCAAGUUCAAGGCCGAGUUCCAAGUGGAGUUGACGGACGUUUUCCGGCAGCUGGGAAUGUCGAAGAUGUUCAGCGACCAAGCCGAGUUCGGCAAGAUGCUGCAGAGUCCCGAGCCCCUGAAGGUGUCGGCCAUCAUACACAAGGCCUUCAUUGACGUGAACGAAGAGGGAACAGAAGCCGCGGCUGCCACGGGCAUGGUGAUGCGUAACAAGCGCUCCAUUACCUCGCUCGAGGAACCGGUUGAGUUCCUCGCAGAUCAUCCAUUCACCUAUGCCCUGGUCCAUGGGGAGGACUUGCCCCUGUUUUGGGGCUCUGUUGUGCGGCUCGAGGAGAGUGACUUCGUCUCCAGCGAGCACGAUGAACUGUGAUGCUACCUCAUUUUAUGUCAGAUUAAUAAAGGCAGCUAUUUGCUUAACAAGGA